AUGGCCAUGGCGGGACGCUUGGGUCGCUGGCUCCGUGCGGGGAGGGCGAGCCGCUGCGGCUCCGGCGGCGCCAGCGGCUCCAGCUCGGGGAAAAGCUCGGAGCAGGGAUGGCGGCGCCCGCUUCGGCAUUCGGCUCGGCCCGCGUGUGCGGCGGCUUUGCCCGCUGUGCUUGCCUGCCAGUACCUGGACGGACGUCGGUCCUACUGCGAGGGCGGCUCCAGCAGCUCCCGUGGCUCCAGCAUCAUCCGUUUCCGGGUGGACGUCGACCGACCCGGCCUCCUCAGCGAGGCCACGGAGGUCUUGAAGAAGCAGCAGGUGAACAUCCGCGAUGCCCGGAUCUCUACUGAGGAGGGCUCGAAGCGGGCGACACACAUCUACUUCGUCGAAGAGAGCGGGGAGACAGCGAGAGGAGGCCUCUCGGAAGAGCGCCUCGCGGAGGUCCGGGCGGCGCUGACGCAGCUGGCAUCCGGGUCCUGCGAAGCCGAGCCUUGGCCGGUGUUCUCUUCGGAGGAAGUGGCCAAACACCAGACGCCUUCGAAUGGGAUCUGGGUGAGCUACAAGGACGGUGUCUAUGACAUCACGGACUUCGUCCAGAACCAUCCCGGUGGCAAAGACAAGAUCAUGCUCGCCGCGGGCAAAGCCAUCGACCCCUUCUGGCGCAUCUACCAACAACACACCGGAAGAGGCAACGCGCUGGAGCUGCUAGAGAGUAUGAGGAUCGGGGACCUGUCGGAUCCUCCAGACACGACGAGGACGGCCUCCGAUCCCUAUGACAGUGAUCCAGAACGCCACCCUGGCCUCAUCUUCCACAACAACAAGCCCUGCAAUGCAGAGCUGCCUUCAGAGUUGAUGAUGGACUCCUGGUUGACGCCCAACCCGGUGUGGUUCAUCCGCCACCAUCACCCAGUGCCAGAGGUGAACCCUGAAGAUUUCAGACUUUGCAUUGAAGGCGUUGGCACGAAGGCCGUGACUUUGUGCCUGGAGGAUUUGAAGAAGCGUUUCCUGAAACGCGAGGUGGUGGCGACUCUUCAGUGCGGAGGGAACCGGAGAUCUGAACUGGAUCAGAUUGAGAAAACGUCUGGCAUUCCUUGGGGCUUUGGGGCCAUGUCUACAGCGCAGUGGGGCGGUGUUUACCUGCGGGAGGUGUUGCAGCAUUGUGCUGGUCUCAGCCAUGAGAACGUCGAGGCCUUCGAUGUGAAGCACGUGAUCUUCAAGGGCAUGGAUGGCAUGGAGGCAUCCAUUCCGAUCGAGAAAGCCCUGAGUCCUUACGGCGACGUCCUGUUGGCCUACGAGAUGAAUGGCGAAGCCCUGCCAAACGAGCACGGAGCACCGGUCCGCGUGAUUGUGCCGGGAGUGGUCGGCGUGCGGAAUGUGAAGUGGCUUGGCCGUGUGGUGGCCUCCACGGAGGAGGCCGAAGGGCCUUGGCAACGAGGCCUCGCCUACAAGGGCUUCUCGCCGAUGGUCAAGGAGCUGCAGGGCAUCGACGUGGAGAAAAUUCCGUCGAUGCACGAGCUGCCGGUGCAGUCUGCCAUCGUCAGCCCGAAGCCUGGCAGUGUCACGGAGCUCGACGACCUGGAGGUCAAGGGCUUCGCUUGGAGCGGUGGAGGUCGGGGCAUCGUGCGUGUGGACGUGUCAAUUGACGAGGGCAAGACCUGGAUCACAGCAGAGCUCGCCGAUGGCAAGGACCAAUGCUAUAAUCGCGCAUGGGCCUGGACCUUCUGGGAAGCUUCAGUUCCCGUUCCUGCGGAGCUGCAGGGCAAGGAGUUCACGGUGCUCUGCCGGGCUGUAGAUUCCGCCUACAGUACACAGCCAGAGCGGCCAGAACCCCUCUGGAAUCUGCGUGGCUUGAACUGCAACUGCUGGCAUCGAGUGCCGGUCCGACACCAGGAGUAA